AUGUUACCCGCAGCGGCCUCGCAGGUGCGCUACCACUACCGCCCCGAGUGCGAGGACGCGGUCAGCGGCCGCGCGGCCCUGGAGCUCCACGCCUCUUUCCAGUGCCUGGCCAGGCCCUGCUCCCUGCACCACCACCACGACGUAGCCUUGCAGCGCUUCUCCCGCUUCUUCCUGCUCCGCUGCCAGGAGCACGAGACGAUCGAGAGCCUGAUGUUCCUGCAGAACCAGCGUGGGGGCCGCGUCUCCUUCCUGGACAUCAGGAUGCCCGAGAGCCAAGACUGGGAGCACAGCCUCCAGGCCACGCAGGACGCCCUGCACCUCGAGAAGAGCGUCAGCCGGAGCCUGCUCGACCUGCACCAGCUGGCCACCGAGAGCGGCGACGCCGACCUGCGCCACGUCCUGGAGAUGCGCCACCUGGACCAGCAGCUCGAGUUCAUGAAGAAGCUGGGGGACCAUCUCACCAACGUGUGCAACAUGGGGGCGCCGGAAGGCGGCCUGGCAGAGUACGCCUUUGAAAAGCUCACCCUGGGUGCUGGUGACAAGGACUGA